AUGUUUACAGGCAGCAUUCUACCGGUAGAGGCAGCGGGUCGCGCGUGAGGCUGCUACGGAGUGGAUUAUUUCGAUCUGUUGAAUCCGGAGUCGGGACGCCGGUGGCUUGCGUUCGCUAGCUCGGUUCCGGUGCCAGGGUAGAGAAAGACAUUAACGAAAUACAUUUUGUAUGACAUUUAAGAAGUGAAAGAAAGCGGUUGGAGCCGAUAUUUGCUUGCUGGUGGGAUAGAAACGGCCACUUACCUCUCGGUCCGACACCCGGCGUGCAGUUCCGUGUUUUUCAACUGUCUUUCAGGCUUAAGGGAACGGCUAGGAAAAUAAACAGGUCGAAUGAAGAAAGAUCGGUUGCCGCCGGUCGGAUGAAGGAACUAGACGAAGGAAAACUGGUCGUUUGCAUGCGUCCGUGGCGCGUAGAUUGGGUGCUCUGCUAGCACUUUAAAUCCCAGCUUUAUUCCGUUUCGGUUCUAAUGUUGUAAUGCCAACAAGCGAGCAACCGUGGCCGAAUAUGUUACCGCUGUCAAAUGUCCUGUUUUUGCUUUUCAGGGCGCCUAGUUGGUCCGUUGUGGUUGUUGUGCUAUUUUGAUGUUGACGUUUAUUUGUGUUAAAUCGAGGCGUAUUUUGGGUGCGAAUCAAAACAGUUUACUUUCGCGAGUAGAGUAAAACCGUCGUUGUUCAAGCUAUGCACACGAGGCGCCUUGUGAAGCGCUCCAUCAUCGGGAGCCGUGUGUAUGCGCCCUGUCCGACCGGGGAAUCGGCUCCGCUGACCGGGGUGGUCCAGGCGGUGAAGCCGGAGAACAGAGACGCCUCCGGCGGACCCCGGCGCAGCGUCUACACGGUGCUCAUGCAGGACGGGAGUCUGAAGGAGUACACCGAGGACGAGAUCGCGAUGGGCACCAGUCAGAUGGCUGCGAAGGGACCGCUGAAGUCGAGUUUGAAGCAGAACUCCAGUAACGGCCGAGACGGGCUGGUCCCGAGUCAGAACAUGAACGGCAGCGUGGCCCAGAAGAGCGAGAGCCUGAGCCCGGACGCCACGGAGGAGCACCGCAGGCCCGGACGGGUUCUGGACCCGGAGAAGGAACCGACCCGCUCCGUCUCCCUGCUGGAGCAGAAGCGCAAGGAGGUGUCGUUGAGCAUCGACGUUCCCCACGCCAGGUAAGAGUGUGUGUGUGAGUGAGUGUGUGUGUGUGUGUGUGUGUGUGUGUGUGUGUGUGAGUGUGUGUGUGUGAGUGUGAGUGUGUGUGUGUGUGUGUGUGUGUUACCUGUGUCCGGAGAAAGUGUAGAAUGGUCCACACCAGAUGAGAGCGCCCUCAUCUUCUGGUUACUGUGAGCGUUAUGUUAUGUUAGCGAUGCUAACAUAUGCCACCCAUACUGAUACGAUGCUAACGUAUGCCAAUCAUACUGAUGGGAUUAUACUGUAGCGAUGCUAAAAUAUGCCAAUCAUACUAAUGGUGAUUAUACUGUAGCGAUGCUAAAAUAUGCCAAUCAUACUAAUGGUGAUUAUACUGGAACGAUGCUAAAAUAUGCCAAUCAUACUGAUGGGAUUAUACGGUAGCGAUGCUAACAUAUGCUAAUCACACUGAUGGGAUUAUACUGUAACGAUGCUAACAUAUGCCAAUCACACUAAUGGGAUUAUACUGUAGCGAUGCUAACAUAUGCUAAUCAUACUGAUGGGAUUAUACUGUAGCGAUGCUAACAUAUGCUAAUCAUACUGAUGGUGAUUAUACUGUAGCGAUGCUAACAUAUGCCACCCAUACUGAUACGAUGCUAACAUAUGCCAAUCACACUAAUGGGAUUAUACUGUAGCGAUGCUAACAUAUGCUAAUCAUACUGAUGGGAUUAUACUGUAGCGAUGCUAACAUAUGCUAAUCAUACUGAUGGGAUUAUACUGUAGCGAUGCUAACAUAUGCCAAUCACACUGAUGGGAUUAUACUGUAGCGAUGCUAACAUAUGCUAAUCAUACUGAUGGUGAUU